GUCACCAAUGAGACUCCUUGCGAACGUCUGGCAGUUGCAUUGGACACCCCAGUGGUUAUCUUGGUGGCAGUACGAUUUGAUGAAGUUGGAGAAUCUGAGGCUGACCCAGGCUACAAUCUCGUGGUCUUGCAGGAUCUGGACUGGACCAUAUGGACAGGCGUCAUUCUGGAGGACUUGACCCAGUUUUCCCACAUUGAUGGGAUUGUAGAUGUUCCUUCCCCUGGUCCGAUAGGAGUAGUAGAGUCGGACCUUCUCGGAUUGAGAGUCUCCCUUGAUGAGGUGGAACUCCAAGCCUGUCACAUUGAGGUCAUCGGACUGGGCCCGGAGGUCGAUCAUCACCGAGAAGUGGUGGGCCGUUCCGGUGAGCAUUGGGUAUCG